CCGCAGAUCACGGUGCUGGGGACGCCGGCGGAAGAGCAAGGAGGAGGCAAAAUAGACCUGAUAAACGCUGGGGCGUUUGACGGCCUGGAUGUGGUUUUCAUGGCACACCCCUCGCAGGAAAACGCGCCUUACCUGCCCGAUGUGGCCGAGCACGAUGUGACUGUGAAAUACUAUGGAAAAGCGUCUCAUGCUGCUGCUUAUCCUUGGGAAGGAGUUAAUGCAUUAGAUGCUGCUGUUCUUGCAUACAACAAUCUGUCUGUUUUAAGACAGCAAAUGAAACCGACCUGGAGAGUUCAUGGUGUAAUAAAAAAUGGUGGUGUGAAACCUAACAUCAUUCCUUCUUACACUGAACUAGAGUUUUACUUGCGUGCUCCUUCAAUGAAAGAUCUCUCUCUUCUGACAGAGAAGGUUGAGAACUGCUUCAAGUCUGCAGCACUGGCCACAGGAUGCAAAGUGGAAAUAAAAGGUGGUGCAAAUGAUUACUACAAUGUGCUUCCGAAUAAGAGCCUGCAGAAAGUUUACAAGGAGAAUGGAAAGAAGCUUGGAAUAGAAUUUAUAUCAGAAGACUCUAUCUUGAAUGGUUUAUCAGGUUCCACGGACUUUGGAAACGUUACAUUUAUAGUCCCUGGGCUUCAUGCUUAUUUUUAUAUUGGCUCUGAUGCAUUGAAUCAUACUGAGCAGUACACAGAAGCUGCAGGGUCACAGAAUGCUCAGUUCUAUGCUUUGCGCACAGCAAAAGCUUUGGCAAUGACAGCACUGGAUGUCAUUUUCAAGCCAGAUCUGCUAGAAGCAGUCAGAGAAGACUUCAGACAAGUGAAGCUAAAAGAAGAGGGGCAAAUAAAUCCUGUGGAACCUAACAAAGAAUCUGGUGCUGGCAUAGGAGCAUGUGCAUCACAUUAA